AUGGCCCCCAGCAAGACCCUCCUCGUCGUCGGCUCCGGCCCCGGCAUUGGCCGCGCCGUGGCCACACUCUUUGCUUCCAAGCGCUACACCAACGUGGUGCUGCUUGCCCGCCGCACCGAGUCCCUAGCCACGGAGAAGGCCGCCGUCGAGGCCAGCAGCCCCGGCGCCAAUGUCAAGGUGUACGCCGUCGACGUGACCGACCCGGUCGCCGUGGCCAAGGCGCUUGACGACGCCGACGCCGCUGUCGGCAAGCCCGAGUGCGUCUUCUUCAACGCUGCUCGCGUGCUGCCGUCGGCGUUUUUUGAGCACGACGUCAAGGAGAUCGAAUACGAUCUCAAGAUCAACGUCUCCGCCCUGUACCUCCUCGCCCAGCGGUACAUCCCACACCUCGUAUCGUUGGCCAAGGAGGCCGACAGCAAGCCCGCAUUCCUCGUCACCAGCUCGGCGCUGCCGCAGCACCCAAUCCCGCAAUUGUUCGCCCUGUCGCUGGUCAAGGCCGCCCAGCGGAACCUGGUGCGGAGCUUGAACCUAACCUACGCACCCGAGGGUGUCCACGUCGGCGUCAUCAAUGUCGCUGGCCAGGUCUUCCCCGAAGAUCCGGUGAGGAACCCCACGAACAUUGCGGCCGAGACCUGGAAGUGGUUUGAGCAGGGGACCGAGUUUGAGGUCGUUAUCUGA